AUGUCGAGUGAUAACAAUAUAAAUAAUAACACCAAUAAUAAUAAUAAUAAUGGUAAUAAUAUUACUAUUACACAAAAGAAAGCAAUGGAUAGAGUGUUUGAGAUAUUACAUCCUCAGCAUGAAACAAUAGGAGACUACACAUGGAAAGGUGCAAAGUUUGGUUUGGUAACGGGCGUUGCUAUGGGUCUGGCGAUACCAGUGUUCUUUAAGAACACAGAUCGUGUCUCUUCACUGUUGAAAUCGGUGAUCAAUAUGACAUUCAUUGGAACAUCCUAUCAGGCAACCUCUUACUUUUUGGAUCAUCGUAUGUUCAUUCCGGGCAUCUCCAACGCGUUGGCGAGCGGUGCAGUGUCGUGCGGUAUCACCUCUGGUCUUCUCGGAGGAAUGAGACAGGCGCCCGUAGGUGCAUUUGCCGGUAGUGUCAUUGCGGGAACCGGUCAUCUGGUGUACCGUGCUUUCAUAGCAAAGAACCCCGCACCCGGGGCACCCGGCUCACAACUAGCCAAAGCCAAAGAGUUGACCGAUCUCAUCAACAAGAACAACUUGAAACUGUCACCGAUCGAUACCUCACUUUACAACCGACUGGUAGAGGAAGUUUCAAGACCCGAGCAACAGACCGCUACAGAAUACCUAAAGUCAUUGUCACCAUUCAGAGAGAUCGCACCAAACGAACGUACCGAUCGUAUUGCAAGACGAUCAGGUGGUCAACUUGAAGUACCAGGUGCAAUAGUAUCACAACAACAACAACAACAACAAUCAUCUAAUCAAUCACAAGCAUCAACAACUUCUAAUUCAUCAAAUACACCUCGACAACAAUAA